AUGGAGAAGCGCUUGUACGCGUGGGGCUCAGGAGGCACUGGACAGCUCGGAUUAGGAACGAAGGACGACCACACGCUUCCUCAACGUUGGACUCAUAGCGACCAAGUGGUCGUGGAAGUCGAGUCCGUCACGUCCGGCGGUUGUCACAGUGCAGGAAUCAGCAGCGAUGGCCGACUUUUCCUCUGGGGGUCAGACGAUCGAGGGCAACUCGGACGCACGGCAUUGGAGCCAGGGCGAACUUUCGUGGAUGUACCCAUCCAGCACGUAGCUUGCAUUCCACGCAACAGCGUACAGAAAACAAAGCUAGUAGCUUGCGGCUGGUGGAACACGCUUGCAGUCAUCUCGUCGAACGCCGACGACGACGACAGCCAGACGGAUCAGGUGUUUUCGUGGGGAUCAAACGAUCAUUGCCAAUUGGGCCGCAAGCGAAACGCGGGCGGUUGCAAAGCAGCACAGAUUCGACACUUGUCUCUGCGCUUGCAAGUUUCGAGUAUAGCGUGUGGCUGGAAGCACUGUCUUCUUGCGACGGCUGAAGGCGAUGCAUUUGCGUGGGGAAGCGGGCGGCAUGGUCAGCUUGGACUCGGAACUUGCACUCUGGUGACGGAUAUCCCCCUGCGUGUUGAUGCGUUGAAGAGCGUGAGUGUCUCCGACGUCUUUUGUGGGUGGGAACACUCCGUCUUCAGAACCUCCAGUGGUGAGGUGUUUACGUGCGGCAACAAUCGGCACGGGCAAUUAGGUGUGUGCGAGACCUUGACAUCUAUCUCUUCCGAAACCCCCUGUGAGAAACAAAAGCACAUCUGCGGAUCGCCCUUGCGUGUGCUAGACCCGCACAAUAGCGUCGAAGGUCUCCGCACGAUUCAUGUUAGCUGCGGUUGGCACUUUGUCAUGUGCCUCACAGAACGUGGAGAACUGUUGACGUGGGGCAAAGGUAGUCACGGACAAUUGGGUCUUGGACGGUUUGAAAGCGCUAGUGAGCCGCAGGUUGUGGUAUUUCCACAUACUGUUCGACAAAUCGCAUGCGGGAGCGAGCACGCCAUGGUUGUCACAGAAGAAGGAGAUCUGUACACCUGCGGCUGGGGCGAGCACGGCAAUCUUGGUCACGGCGACAGGAACAAUCAUGCGACGUUGAAAAUGGUCGAGUUUUUCCAACACACGGAUCAAGCAGUUACUCGUGCUGUUGCCGGUGGGGCAGUCUCUCUUGCUGUCACAAGCGCGCACAAACACAAGUAA